AUGAGCGAAGAAAUCAAAGAGAUUAGUACAGAUGUUCAAUCUGAUGAUAAUAAUGAACAAUCUAAAGAUAUAAUUCGAAAAGUAUCAAUUAGUGAUGAAGAAGACGAAGAAGAAGAAAAUGAACAACCACUAUCAACACCUAAUGGUCGUGAAACUCCAUCAGUAGCAUCAUAUUCUGAUGUAAUUAUUCAAAAACAAGAUGAAGAAUAUUCUAUGACUGAACAAAAUUCUACUUUUGAUAAUACACAACAACUUCUUGAAAUUAUAUCUGAUAAAUCAAAUAAAGAAGCAACUACAACUUUAUUAAAUACACUUGUCGAUGGAGAUUUUGAUUUAGAUAAAAAUGAUAUUAUACAAAAACCAGAAAAUUUAUCAAAAAUAUUUUCAAUAUUUAAUAAAAUGUCAUCAUCAUUACAAGCUGAAAUUCUUAGUGUAUUAAUUGGUAUAAUGCGUAAAAGUGAAAGAAAUUUAUUAGCAUGUAUUGAUGCAAAUAUAUAUGAUAAAUUAUUUGAAAUUUUAAAUGAUAUUGAUAAUAUUGUUGCUGAUUUAUUAGUUGAUUUAUUAACUGUAUUAACAUCAUUAACAAUAAAUGUUAAUCAACUUAAACUUCUUUUACGUUAUUUAAAAACAGAUAAUAAUAUUUGGAAAAAACAUGCAAUUAAAUUAUUACAUAUUUUUAAAAGUUUUCCACAACGACAUGGACCUGAUGAAUUUUUUAAUUUUCCUGGUCGAAAUGAUUCUGGUCUUGUUUUACCACCAAUUAAAACAUGGCCAUAUCAAAAUGGUUUUACUAUAUCAACAUGGUUUCGUAUUGAUCCAGUUGUUAAUAGUGUUAUUGAAAAAGAAAAACCUUAUCUAUAUUGGUUUUGUACAUCAAAAGGUCAUGGUUAUACAGCACAUUUUGUAGGCAAUUGUCUUGUUAUUUCAUAUACAAAACCAAAAGAAAAAAAUUUUCAACAUUGUAUACAAUUUGAAUUUAAAUCACGAGAGUGGUAUAUGAUAACAAUUUCUCAUCAAUAUCAACGUUGGGCUAAAAGUAGUAUUCAAUGUCAUAUAAAUGGUCAACAUGUAUCAACAGCUUAUUUUCCAUGGAGUAUUGAAAGUACUGAUAUAUUUGAUAAAUGUUAUAUAGGUUGUACACCUGAUCAUAAUGAUUUAACAAGUUUUUCUGGUCAAUUAUCAACAUUUUAUUUAUUCAGUAUAUAUUUAGAACCAUUAAUUGUUCAAGGUAUUUAUAAAUUAGGACCUGCAUAUAGAAAUCAAUUUAAAUUUGAAAAUGAAAGUGCACAUAUGCUUACGGAUGCACAACGUAAAUCUAUGUAUGAUGGAAAAUUAAUGAAUUCAAUUAUAUUUAAUUAUAAUCCUAUAUCAUGUGAAGAACAACUUGUUUUACAAGCAGGUCCAAAAACAAAUAUAUCUUAUUUUGUUCAUAAUGCACAUGCACAAAUGUUAAGUAAUGUUCGAUCUGUUGUUGCACAUUCAAUUUAUUCAACAUUACAUUCAAUGGGUGGUGUACAAGUAUUUUUUCCAUUAUUUUCUCAAUUAGAUCAUCAACAAAAUGAUGGAACAAUAAAUUAUGAUGUUUGUUCAAUUCUUCUUUUUACUUUAUGUGAAUUAAUUGAACGUUCAUAUACAAUUCAACAUCAAAUGCUUACUUCAAAAGGUUUUCUUAUGAUUGGUUAUUAUCUUGAAAAGUCAUCGAAACAACAUAUUAAUAUGGAUGCAUUAAAUUCUUUAAUAUCAUUAAUAACAUUUUUUAUUAAAGUUCAAAGUAAAAAUAGUCCAAUAUUAUUAAAACAAUUAUUUACACAUAUUUUUUUUAAUCCAUCAAUUUGGAUAAAUUGUUCUGUUCUUAUUCAAAUGCGAUUAUAUACAUAUUUAGCAACAGAAUUUGUUGCUUAUAAUGAAACUUAUCAAUCAAUUCAACCAAUUAGUGGAAUUAUUCAAACAUUACAUACACUUAAAUAUUUUUAUUGGAUUGUUGAUCCUAAUCAUCAAUCAAAAGUUACAGAUGAUAAUCGACCAACACGUGAACAAAUUAUUGAAAUGCGAUGUUAUAUGUUAUUAUAUAUGAAACAACUUGUUAUAAGUAGUCCAGGUACACAAGAAGAAGAAUUACAAGCUAUACUUAAUUAUCUUCAUACAAUUAAUGAAGAUGAAAAUCUACUUGAUGUAUUAGAUUUAGUUGUAAGUCUUAUGUCAGAACAUCCUAAAACAAUGGUACCUGCAUUUGAUCGUCGACAAGGAAUAAGAACUGUAUUUAAAUUAUUAGAAAGUAAUAAAGAAGCAAUUCGUUUACAAGCUUUAAAAUUAUUAGGAUUUUUUCUUCAACGUAGUACAAUUAAACGUAAAACAGAUGCUAUGCAACCAUAUAAUCUAUUUUCAUUAUUAGCUGAUCGUCUUUUACUUCAUCCAAAUGGUUUUACAAUGUCAACAUAUAAUAUUUUAUUUGAAAUACUUGUAGAAAAAGUUAGUGGACCUAUUGUUGAAAAACGUAGUGUAGAAAUUACUAGUGAUUGGAAAAUUGAAAAUCCUGCAAUGAUUAAAGUUAUAGCAACAUUACUUCGAAAUUCACCAGAUAAUAUUUAUUUAUAUGAUAUAAAAUCUCGUUUUCUUGAUGAUAUGAUUUUACUUUCAUCAGCAAGUCGAGAAAAUCGAAGAAUUAUUUUACAAAUAUCUGUUUGGCAAGAAUAUUUACUUGGUCUUGCUUAUGUUUAUCCAUUAAAUGAUCAACAAAUAGCUGUAACUGAUAGAAUUUUUGAAUUAUUAAAAAUUUUAUUACAUCAUGCUAUUAAAUUUGAAUUUGGUGGAUGGAGAGUUUGGAUUGAUACACUUUCAAUUUUACAUGGACGAGUAACUAAAGAAGAUUAUUAUAGAAAAAUUAAUAAAAUGGUUGAAAAUAUGAAAGAUGAUGAUGAAAAUGAUCAAAAAACACCAGUUUCAACACCAACAACAAGUGGUCCAGAUACACCAAUUGAUGGACAAUCAAUAACAACAUUGACUAAAUCAACUUCUAAUCGUCAAGUAUUUAAUAAAAAUAAUCAAUUACCACCAUAUACAAUAUCUGAAUUUAAAUAUUCACCAAUGCAUAUACGUUUAUUACAUAGUGUUUUUGAUUCAAUUGAAACAGAUGUUCGUGCAUGGAAAUCUGAAUCAACUAAAUCAAUAACGGAUUUUAUUAAUCAUUCAGAUCAUCAAAUAUUUUCUGCUAAUGUUGUACAUAUUAUUUCACAAAUGUCGGAAGUUUUAUGUAAUGCAUGUGGUGGUCUUUUACCAUUACUUGCUAGUGCAACAUCAGCAUCACAUGAAAUUGAAAUAUUAGAAAAUUCUGAAGGUUUAUCAUCAUUCAAUGCAAUUAAAAUAUUAAAACGUGUUAUGAGUUUAGCUGAUAUAUUUAUUCUUGCAAAUAGUUCAAAUUUUUCUGAACUUGAACAAGAAAAAAAUAUGCCUAAUGGAGGAAUAUUAAGACAAUGUCUUCGUUUAACAAUGACAACAGCUGUUCGUAAUUGUAUGGAAUGUCGUUUUCAACGAUUUGAUCGUUCAUUAAUAUCAAAAAGUUCUGAAUCAACAUUACAACAAAUAAAACCAUUAAUAAAAGAUCCAAUUGAAUCUAUAAUUGAAUUAACUUAUUUAUUAAAUUCAUCAUUACAAGAAAAUAAUCAUGAUGAUAAUAUUGAAAAUUUACUUGCAAUAUUUAUUAAAAAUCCUGAAUCAGUUUUACAAGAUAUUGAUAUUCAACGUUUACGUGCUAUUAUCUAUCGUGAUGUGGAUGAUACAAAACAAUCACAAUUUUUAGCAUUAUCUAUUGUUUAUUUUGCAUCAGUAUUGAUGGUAUCAAGAUAUCGAGAUAUUAUUGAAACAAAUCAAGCUUCAUUAUCACGAACAGCAUCAUUUAUGAGUACGACAACUAGUAUUCGAAAUAGUUCAAUAAUGGAUAGUACUGUUGAUACAACUAGUGUAAAUGGUUUAAGUUCAAUUGUAGCACCUAUUACUAAUCAUAAAAAAAAUUCAAAUGAAUCAAUAACAUAUGAUGAUCGAAUAGAUACAGGAAUUGAAACAGAUAAUGUAGAUUCACAAUCAACUGAGCGAAAAUCUGUAGAUUUAAAUAGUGCAGGAACUGCAACUUCUCAAUAUGCAAGUAUAGCUAGUAUACCAAUAAUUGAUCCAACAACAGUUGAUCAACGUCGAAUGUCUGAAUCAAAACUUCCUGAUUAUCCAAAAACAAAUUUCGAUACAAAUGAACCAUCAACAAUGAAUAUAACUGAAAAAUUAGAACGAACAUUAUCAAAUAUAGCACCAUUUUUACGUGAUAUAUUUACUGAAUUUUCACAUAUACUUACAAAAACAUUAGUUGGUUCACAUGGACAAGAAUUAUUACCUAGUGGUUUACAUGCUUUGAAAGAAUCAGCAUCGGUUGUUGAACUUGUUAUGCUUUUAUGUUCACAAGAAUGGCAAAAUUCACUUCAAAAACAUGCUGGUUUAGCUUUUAUUGAACUUGUUAAUGAAGGACGUUUACUUGCUCAUACAAGUAAAGAUCAUGUUGUAAAAGUUGCUAAUGAAGCAGAUUUUAUUCUUAAUCGUAUGCGUGCUGAAGAUAUUCGAAAAGCAAGUGAAUUUGAACAAUUAUGUGUACAAACAAGUUCGGAACGUAAAGAAGAAGAAAAACUUUGUGAUCAUUUUAUAAAAUCAUCUCGUCAACGAUAUUUAACAAAUGCAAUACGUUUAAAAGAAAAAUUUUUAUCAUUAAUGAUUAAUGAUAAAAUAAAAUAUUUAAAUAGUUCAAAUCUAUUUUGGAAAUUAGAUUUAUGGGAAGAUGAUUUAAGACGACGAAGACGUUUAAUAUCAAAUCCAUAUGGUAUAUUACAUGAUGAAGCUAAAGCAAAAUCAUUAAUUAAUGAUAUUGAUGAUGAUAUAAUUGUAACAUUAUAUAAAGAUGAAAAUUUAUUAAAACAAAUUAAACAAAAAUUACAAAAUUUUCUUUCAAAUAAUAAUGAUGAUGAUAAUCUAUCACAAGUUGAUGAAAAAGAUAUUGAUCAAGAAUUUUCUGGUCCAAUACGUUAUUCAACUGAAUGUUUAUUAAUUUGUGGUAUUACAGCUAUAAAUGGAAUUUUAGCUAUAACACAUGAUGCUAUGAUUUUUGAUACAAAUGAAGAUGAUGAAAAUUUUCAUAAACUUGAUAGAAAAAUAUUUCCUUAUAUUGAUAAUCUUCAUAGCAAAUGGCAUUUUAAUGAAAUACGAGCUAUAUUUUCUAGACGAUAUCUUUUACAAGAUCGAGCUUUGGAAAUAUUUGUUUCAAAUAGAACAAGUGUUAUGUUUGCUUUUGUUGAUCGUACUAUUGUUAAAAAAGUUGUUAAUUAUUUACCUCGAGUUGGUGUUGGUGGUCGUUAUGGAUUACCACAACAACGACGAACAUCAUUAGCAUCACCUAAACAAUUAUUUCGUUCAGCAAAUAUGACACAACGAUGGCAACGACGUGAAAUUUCAAAUUUUGAAUAUCUUAUGUAUCUCAAUACAAUUUCAGGUCGAAGUUAUCAAGAUUUAAAUCAAUAUCCAAUAUUUCCAUGGAUUAUAGCUGAUUAUGAAAGUGAAAAACUUGAUUUAAAUAAACCAGCAACAUAUCGAGAUUUAUCAAAACCUAUUGGAGCAUUAAAUCCUACACGAAAAUCAUUUUUUGUUGAACGUUAUAAUUAUUCAGAAUCAGAUAUAAUUCCAGCAUUUCAUUAUAAUACUCAUUAUUCAACAGCUGAUUAUACACUUUAUUGGCUUAUUCGACUUGAACCAUUUACAACAUAUUAUUUAAGUUUACAUGAAAAUAAAUUUGAUCAUAUUAAUCGAACAUUUCAUUCUAUACCAUUAUCAUGGCAAAAUUGUCAACGUGAUUCAUCUGAUGUUAAAGAAUUAAUACCUGAACUAUUUUCUUUACCAGAAAUAUUAAAUAAUUGUAAUAAUUAUAAUUUUGGACAAAAUGAUGAUGAAUUUAAUAUUGAUGAUGUUAUUUUACCAAAAUGGGCACAAACACCAGAAGAUUUUAUUCGAAUUAAUCGAGCAGCUCUUGAAUCCGAAUUUGUUUCAUCUCAUUUACAUCAAUGGAUUGAUUUAAUUUUUGGUUAUAAACAAAGAGGACCAGAAGCAAUACGAGCUAUAAAUGUUUUCUAUUAUUUAACAUAUGAAGGUGCAAUUAAUUUUGAUUCAAUUACUAAUCCAAUAGAUCGUGCUAAUAUUGAAACACAAAUUAAACAUUUUGGUCAAGCACCAUCACAAAUUUUAACUGAACCACAUCCACCAAGAAAUUCAGCAAUAGCAUCAAAUCCAACAAUACAUCAUGUUGCACCAGAAGAAGUAUCAAUGAUAAUGAAAUUUUCAUCAAAUGCACCAAUUAUUCAUGUUGCUGCUAAUACAAAUCCAACAAUUCCAAUUCAAGCUGUAAUAACUAUUAGUAAUAAACAUGAUUUUUCAAUUAAUAAAUAUAAUCCAAAUAUUGGACCAUCGGCACCAACUUAUUCAGAAGUUCCACAAACAUUAACUGGUCAACAAACACAAUUACCAUUAAGUAUGGAUUCACUUUUAGUAUUAAAUACAGGUUUACAUCGUCGUCAUUUAGGUGAUAAUUUUGAUGAAUGUAUUCAACAACGUCAUCAAAGUUUUGUUGUUACUGCCGAUAAUCGUUUUAUAAUAUCAACUGGUUAUUGGGAUAAAAGUUUUCGUGUACAAAAUACUGAUAUGGCACGAACUACACAAGUACUUUAUGGACAUUUUGAUAUUGUUACAUGUACAUGUCGUUCGGAUAUAACUAUUGCUGGUAAUUGUUUUAUUGCAACUGGUUCACGAGAUUCAACUGUUUGUAUUUGGAUAUGGAAUGGAACAAAAGGAGCUAUUGUUGAUAAAGAAUAUCCAAAUCAAGAAAUAAAUCCAUCACCAGCAGCAAUAUUAACUGGUCAUGAUACAGAAAUAAUAUCAUUAUGGAUAUCAGCUGAACUUGGUAUUGUUUUAAGUGGUAGUGAACAUGGUUUUGUACUUCAACAUACACUUCAAGGUGAUAUAUUACGUGCAUUUGAAAAUCCAUCAGAUACAGCAACACCACGUCUUUUAUCACCAUCAAAUGAUGGUGAUAUUAUUGUUUGUUAUGAUCGAUCAAAAUUAUGUUUAUAUACAUUAAAUGGAAAAUUAAUGAGACAAGCGAUUUUUGAAGAAGAAACUAUUCAAAGUUUAAUAUUAAAUGCCGAUGGACAAUAUGUAGUUAUUGGAGGUGAUCGAGGUUUUGUACAAAUACUUCGUACACAUGAUUUACAACCGGUUUAUGCUUAUCCACAAUGUGAUGCUAGUAUUCGUUCAUUAGCUAUAACUCAUGAUCAAAAAUAUAUCAUAGCUGGUCUUUCGACAGGUUGUUUAAUUGUUUUUAAUGUUAAUUUCAAUGUUCUUAAUCAACCUCGACGUGAUCCAACAAUUACAAUUGCAAAUUCAACUAAAUCAAUUCAAUAA